AUGAACAGCAAACAGGCAGCUUGUUUGAACUGCCGCCGAAGCAAAAUCAAGUGCCGGCGCGAUGAGGGAGCGCCAAACUGCGAAAGAUGCACGCACCUGGGAGCUGAAUGCGUGAUACCAGAAUUCCACAUCGGCAGGCAGAAAGGCGUGAAGAACAAACGGUCAGGCCUCGAGAAAGCCAUCUUCCAAGUUGAAGAAGCAAUCAAGAAGCGCAAAUCUGAUGCGCCUUCCCAUCGGAGCACCCUGGAGCAGCUGCAGAAGCUGCUCAACGAGGCGCAAAAUGACGAUAGUACACCACCUGCUCAAACGCCCGGAUUGAACAGCAUGAAUGACCCAUUCGCGUCCGACUCGAGAGACAUGAAGCCUCCCGCAACACUUCAGCUUUCUGAAAGAGAUCAUGCAGGGGGCUCCAGCGACGACCAACUUGCAGUCGAAGACGUCGAAAAUCCUCUGCAACUUCUAGCCCGCGCAUCAGAUCUUCGCAUCACGUCGCCACAUACUCUCGAGAACAACAUCUCAACACCCGGAAGUAAAAUUAACGGCAGUGAACACAGCGCGUUUUUGGACGUGCACCAGUUCUUCCUACCGAUGAAAGCCAAUUUUGACCAAGGACCAGGCUACGACCCUAUCGAUAUUGGACUAGUGACUAAGGAGGAAGCAAAGACGCUCCUCACAUACUUCCACCAAAAGCUGGCGCACACUCGGUGGGGCCUUGAUCCUAUGGUGCACACACUGGACUUUGUCCGGUACCGCUCGUCGUUUCUCUUCACCACGCUUCUGGCAUUCACAGCUGUGUUUUUGCCCGAGACUGCCUCUCUGGCCAAACGAUUGCUCAUCCAUCGAAGGUUUUUGGCAGAGCAGGUCAUCGUUAAGAAGUUCAGAUCUGUUGAGAUUGUACUGGCGUUCAUGGUCAGCAUUCCUUGGAUGCCUCCUGGACAGCAUGCCACCGACGACGAUACGAGCCUCUACCUUGCCACCGCUCUUUCAAUCGCUCUAGACCUUUCUCUAGACAAGGUUAUUACUCCGUCCUCGACAUUCAAUGCAGACCUUAUCAGGCAAGUACCUCGAGGCGAAUGCCUUGAUGCUGGCAAAGCCUUAGCCAUGGACGGCCUCGAAGAUGUUGAUGCAGAUUCGGCCUGGGGGAAGAGGUUAUUGCGCCGAAGGGAAAGAACCUGGAUUGCACUCUUUGUUCUGGAACGAGGUGUGUGUCUGGCCCGAGGUCGCAGCUAUUGUGUCCCAAAGACACCACUAAUCCAGCACUGCGAUUAUUGGCCUUCCAGUCUGGACUCAGACCUGCAGGAUGGUCCGCUGGUGUCCAUGGCAGCUCUUCGCAGAGAUCUCGACGAUUUAUUCGCCAACGUCAGGGCGAGAUGCGACAGCUAUCGCGUCAUUGAUGUUGGUCUCAAGGUGGCACAUGAGAUCGAGAGGGCAAUUGAUGAGUUCUUCGACAAGUGGCUUCAUACAUGGACGUCGGUCAUUGGCGACUUCGAGCAUAAGACAUUGCCGCCUUAUGUCGAGAUUCUCGUCACACAUACCAGGCUUUCCACAUACAGUAUGCUACUCAACCACCCUAGCGCACCGCCAGAGGUCAAGCGGUCCUUCCGGGCCUCCGCGGUGUCUUCGGCGCUGAAUGUCAUGCGAGCCGCCAUCCAAGGCGAGUCGCGUCUCAAGUCGAUGCCGAACAAUACAGUCACAAUGAUUUGCUUUGCUGCAAGUAUCGCCCUUGCCCUGAGCGCACCGACGUCUAGGAAGCGUAGCAACCAGAACCUCGCACCCAGCGUUCGCAAGCUCAUACAAGAGACUGCCACGGUCCUGGAGCGCAUUGGAAGCACACCAAGCCAUCGCAACGGCGCAUCUGUUGUAUACGGUCGAUUCUUACGAGUCCUCGUCAAACAAGCACCUAGCUUGGAAGCAGCAUCUGCAAUGGCUUCACAGCCGUAUGCACUCCCAGUUUCACAGCACAAUCUCGGUUUGUCUCCGCCACUUGCGGAUGGUACACAGCAGUUCCCUUCUCUGGAAUCUAUCUCAGGCUUUGGCGACCCGCUGCCGUUCUCCGCCAUGUCCUACAAUGAGGUGAACGAGGCGGUGACCAACCUGGACUUCUUCACGACCCCACAGCUGGACAUCUGGAAUGAUGAAAACUCAUACAUGUGGAACGACAUGAUGAAUCUGCCGGACUUUAACUUUCCUUGAGGAGCCCCUAGACUCAUCUUGCAGUUGAACGGAACCCUGCAGUGCACAACAAGGGCAGGAGUCCAGCUUUUGACCAAGCAGUCCGUAAGGUUGCUUGUGCGUACAGCUUAGCACUUCGACUCCAGAAUUGAAACUGCCGAGCAGCACAUACCAUCUCAACAUCGGACGUUCUUUUGUUCGAC